CGUUCUAGGACUACAGCCAGUAAAAGUGAUAGUAUUAUAAUUGUGCCCAUGCAUGCUCGUAGUGUCUCGUUCCUUUACCGUAAUCAUUAUCUCAUAUGUGCCAUACCCGGUACAUGAUACUGAGCAGUUCAAUAGAGUAGCUUCACCUAGGUAGCUAGCCAGCUGUAUGAGAAGCUCGCAGCUAUCGUUUAAUUAUUCUAUGUUGUUGUUGUUGCUGUCGAACGAUCUGUUCUGAUGCUUUACCCGAUACUUCUCGCCGCCAUUGCCGGGCUCUUCGCUCACAAUGGCGUCUUCAUCCGCGGCGAAUGGCAUCUUUAUAUUCCACAGAUCGUAGCUGUCCACUUUCUACUAUGGCUAGGUACGUCAGGUCUCGUGUACCAAGCCUUAGGCUUCGUUUCCGUUGGAGACGCUUUUCGGGAGGCUUCCAUUAUAGCGGCGUCAUAUUUUACUGCUAUAUUUACUAGCAUGACGAUUUAUCGCUUGUUCUUCCACCGUCUGUCUAAGUUCCCAGGACCAAAGCUUGCUGCUGUCACUAAGCUAUGGCACGUAUUCAAGAUUCGACACUCGACAAAUCACUUGUGGUUGAAAGAGCUGCAUGAGAAGUAUGGGAGUGUCAUACGAACAGGUCCCAAUGAAAUUACUAUUGUACACCCAGCUGCAUUUAGGCUGCUUGACGGAUGGGGAACUUCUACUACUAAAGAUAUAUGGUAUGAUAUCUUGAAGCCAAGGAGCUCUGCUGUCUUCACUCGGAGCGAACAGGAGCACAAAGAUGGUCGUAGGGCCUGGGUGCAGGCGAUCUCCGGGAAAACCAUGAAUUCGUUUAACCCGCGCAUUUCUCAGCACGUGCAGGAGCUAUGCGAAUGUUUCCGUGGAUUUGGCGGUACUCAACCAGUGCACAUAGAUGAACAAGUGUCUCGAUUCACUUUCGACGUAGUUGGAGACAUAUUAUUCAACCAAGACUGGAAACUCGUCAAGACCCAGGCCUGGCAUCCAUUUUUCGAUCACCGAGACCGUGCUUUCGAGCUGGUCGGGCCUAUCAAUGAUGUAACUUGGCUCGCACACAUGAUCUUCUCCUUAGCCCCCUUUUGGCAUCGGGUUCAGGAUUGGUUUAAGAUGGUUGCAUUCUGCGAAGAUCGAAUGAAGCAACGUAUAAAUGAGGGCGAUAAUAUAGAUCAGGCGGACAUGGCAACUCACUUCAUCGACGAAUAUCAAAAACUCCAUAGAUUCCAUACCAUAGAGGAACGCGAUCUUUAUCUUCACGGAACAGCAGUUACAGCUGUAGUCGCAGGCAGCGAUACCACCCGAGCUGCUCUAAUUGCUUCAUGCUGGUUCCUUGCGCGGUAUCCCGAGCACGCCAAGAAAAUAUACGAAGAGACUCAAGGUGUAGACACGAGGGACCCUAACGCUCUUGCUGCCCUGCCUCACCUCGAGGGAUUCAUCCAAGAGACCUUGCGGCUCGUACCACCCGCUAUGACUGGUGCCGCACGAAUAACCGGACUAGAUGGUUUGAUGGUCGACGAUAUCCUAAUCCCCCCUUAUACCAAGGUCACGGCGCCCAAAUAUGUCAUCAUGCGAUUGGAAUCCGCCUUCGCCCAUCCCAACGACUUCAUCCCCGAGCGGUGGUACUCGCGCCCCGAGCUCAUCCUCGACAAGCGCGCCUUCGGGCCCUUCUCGACCGGCGGCCGGCAGUGCGUCGGCAAGCCCAUCGCGUACGCGGAGCUCCGGCUCUUCGCCGCGGGCCUGGUCCGGGAUUUCCAUCUUAAAUUUGCGCCUGGCUACGAUCCGAUGACCAUGUGGCGCGAGAUGAAAGACCAGAUCACGGCGCAGCCCGGGCCGGUGGAGAUUAUCUUCGAGCCGAGAGAGAAGGCGGUUUGAUCUUCGUCUUGGGGAAUCUUGAGCAAUUUUCUUGGGAGGGGGGAUUUGGCUUGGAGUAAGGAGCCUUGGGUUGUGGUUAGGUAUUACCGUUGUGAGCUGAUGGAGGUGAUUCGGUUUAGCACGUUGUUGGGGACUUAGGCGUGGCUGGACUAAUAACUUGGAUACCCUGAAUUUGAUCUCAACCGCCUUUCGUAUUAUUUCUUUUGACUAGGUUAGCAGGAGGUCUAUUUCGCUUCUUAUGCGAUUCAUGGAACACAGUGCCUUUGAUUAUGACUAGGGAGCAUAGCCUAUCUAAGCUAACUAGGAUACAUACCUAGGUUAACUAUGCCUACAAAUAUUAAAGCAUUUUAAAAGAAGAAAAGGAAUUGUGAG